UUGUGAUUCCAAAUUCAAUUCAGUUGAAGAGUUCAUUUAAUACACAAACUGCACACACGGAAAUUCUAGAAUUUUCUUAGUCUACCUACUAGCACUGAUCUGUUGCAAAUGGGCUAGCAAUUUCGAUCGACAUCCUUGAUGCAUUUGUUUAACACAUGUUUAAAAGCAACGGUCUUCAUACUGUUCCUUUCGAAUCUUUUGUGUAUUAUUUUAUACUACUUAUUUAUAUUCAAUCACACCAGUAUGCCUAGUGAACAAAAAGAUUCCAUCCAUGAACUAAUUAAACAGUUAAAAGAUUCUACAUUGAAGUCAUCUAUAGAGAAUGUAUCUAUGGAAAAUAAUAUGUUAGUUAAAAACGACAAUAUCAGCAAAGAAGAUAAUCCAACUAAAAGGAAAUCAAGGAAGCCACUCAUGAAACAACUGCCUGAAACUAUGUUACAAAACAAACGAAUAAAUGGAUCUGGAAAAUUAGUUUUUGACGAUGAAGGAAAUCUAAUAAGUGUACCCAAGUUAUAUCCAGUCAAUAAUAAUAAGCAAGAUGAAUCAUUCACUACUGAUUCACAUUCAAAUGGAACUGAUAAUAAUAUUUUAGGAAAUGAAAUUCCAAUUCAAUGGCGUUUUGUAUCAGAGUCAUAUUCUAACAGUACAACUAACAAUCAAUUUGGCAUACGAAUGAAUAGUAAAGUGAGAACAGCUAGAUCGUCCAUAUCGAAUUCUUCAAAUAAAAUGAGAACAACAAAUUGUAGUUUCGAAUUAACGAAUACCACAAUUACACCUGAUGUAAUACGUUUACAAAAAAUUAAGAAUGCAUGUGUCAAUUUACCAAAUACCAUCGAUUUGGUUGAUUUAGUUGCUGGAGUAACAAUAUCUGAUGGAGAACAUUUAAAAAUUGGUCAGUUAAGGAAUGAACAGUUCACGUAUAUUUUGAAUACAAAUUGGAAUGAUCUUGAUGAAAUUCCACCAGUCAAAGCAAAUUAAAAUGAUGAACCAUAAUGAUUUAUAUCUUCAAAGUAUUUCUUUACAUGAAUCAUUUACAAACUACACACCAAUACACAUUGAUAUAUUCAAA